AUGUCUGGACCAGAAUUUCAUGCGCCAGCGGUUAUCCACAGUGAAGAUCCCGAUGCUGCUGGGUCAUCAAAUUUAUCACCUAUUGAAAUCAAUUCCAAGGAUUUUGGACUUCUUAUCAUACCCAAGAGACUUCGCCAUGUACCUGGAAAGGCCUUUCACUUUGGUCUGUUCAUGAACAUAUCCUUCGGCCUUGGAUGUACAUUUGUCGUUGCUAAUUUGUAUUAUUGUCAACCUUUACUGAGUAGGCAGUUGGUCAGGAUAUCUAUUGACUUACUUAAACAAGUUCAUAUAGUCCAGCUCUCCAUAUCGUUCGGUGUAACAUACUCUGAAGUGUCUAGUCCUAGAAUACCCACUCUAAUUCAAGCAGGUUACUGCAUUGGCUUACUCUUUAUUUCUCCACUUGGCGAUCUAGUUCGGCGACGUCAACUCAUCAUGUUACUUGUCUUCGCGACAUCCUGCCUCACAGUCGGAUUAGCCGUUACCAAAGAUUUAAGAGUCUUCGAAACACUCUCGUUUCUCCUCGGGAUACUAAAUGUCACUCCACAAAUAUUACUUCCUUUUGCAGCUGAUUUGGCCCCUCCCGAGUGCCGUGCGGCUGCUGUGUCAGUUGUCCAGUCUGGGUUGAUGUUGGGCAUCCUGUUGGCUCGGGUAAUUGCAGGAGUGAUUGGAAACUUUACGAGUUGGCGUGUUGUGUAUUAUGCGGCUAUUGGGGUACAGAGCGUCGUUCUGUGUGGUGUUUAUUGGAUCAUUCCAGACUAUCCUGCAAAGAAUCGCGAGUUAUCCUACUACAACAUAUUGCACUCGAUGGCUGGAUUCGCAGUCACUGAACCCAAGCUGAUCCAGGCUGCGUUGAUCAACAUUGCGUCCAUGGCGUGCUGGUCAAAUUUUUGGGUGACGUUAACUUUUUUACUGGGUGGCCCUCCAUAUCACUACUCUACACUGGUCAUAGGACUUUUUGGUUUGCUAGGGAUGUUGGGUAUAUUCACUGGCCCUUUUGUAGGCCGAAUCAUAGAUCGUCUUGUACCGUGGUAUGCGACGCUCAUUGCGACGCUCUGUUUGCUCGUCCUCCAAGCUAUCGAAACAGCGGCUGGUGGCACAAGUAUCGCUGCUGUUGUCAUAUUCUGCUUUGGCCUCGAUGCCUUUCGGCAGGCACAGACCGUAUCUCUCUCUACUGCCAUCUUUAGUAUAUCUAUAGCUGCAAGAUCCCGAUUAAAUGCCGUCUUGACGCUUUCGCUGUUCGUCGGACAAGUUAUGGGUACAUCCGUUGGUACAAAGGUGUUCAUCGAACAUGGCUGGCGCUCAGCGUCAGCAGUCUCGAUGGCCUGGUAUGGAUGGCAGCUAGUCGUUCUCUUUCUCCGGGGCCCGAACUGCGACAGAUACACGUGGUUUGGGUAUCAAGGGGGCUUAGUGGCGAGAAAGGACAGAGCUCCAAAAGAACGAACAGGUGACAGUGCUUCGUGCGCUGUUACGCCCAUACAGUCCAAUCGUGUUAUCCCAACUGAUAGCAAUGUCAUAGGGCUUGAGUCAACGGAGAAAAAGAAAUCGGAAGGGUUGGGAGAAACCUGCGAAAAUGUCUAG